GGGCCUGCACUUCCUCCGGCCGCCUGCGGGGGGCAGACCUGAGACUCGCUGCCAGGCGCCUGAGGGCUUUCUCUCAGCUGGUGCCAAGGCCGGGUGACGUCUGACAGCCGGGGUGGGCGUGUGUCAGAGCGGGUGGGCGUGUCCCCCGAUGCCCUUAUAAAUAGGAGGAGAGGCUGGCAGAGUUUGUCAAUGAACAGCUCAGGCUGCAGGUGAGGAGAGGCUCUGCCCCACCAGCUCUGCCCCACCAGCUCUGCCCCACCAGCUCUGCCCCACCAGCUCUGCCCCACCAGCUCUGCCCCCAAACCCUGACUGAGGAUCCCUGGUCCUGAGAGCUGCUGGAAGCAAGUGUGUGCAUCAGAGAGAGAGGGUCCUGCGAGCCCCCCAGCAUCACACAGAGCACACAGGGCACUGCCCCACUAACUGCCCCCUCAGUGCAGAGCCUUCACCCUCUGGUUUCACCCCUGGACUUGCACCAUGUUGGCUGCCCAGCUGCUCCUGGUUGCCCUGCUGUGCCUUGGCUGCUCUGGAAGUCUGAUGGAGACGAAAUGCCCCUCCACCUGUUCGUGUCCUAAAGAGGUCCCCUCCUGCCCCGCGGGGACCAGCCUGGUGACGGACGCGUGCGGCUGCUGUAAGGUCUGCGCUCGGCAGUAUAACCAGGACUGCGACCGGCAACAUCCCUGCGACCACAUCAAAGGCCUGCGCUGCGACUUCGGGGCCGACCCUUCCUCCAAAAGCGGAAUCUGCCGCGCAAAGUCGGAAGGUCGGCCGUGUGAGUUCUUCGGCGAGAUCUACCAGAACGGUGAGAACUUCCAACCCAACUGUAAGCACCAGUGCACGUGCAUGGACGGAGUGGUGGGCUGCAUGCCCCUAUGCCCCCAAGAGAUGGCCUUGCCCAGCCCCGACUGUACCAACCCGAGGCUGGCCAAGGUGCCGGGGCAGUGCUGCGAAGAGUGGAUCUGUGACAGCAACCACAUAUCGGAGGACUCCGGGGACACGACGGGCGACGUGGAUGGCCUUUUGAAGUCAUCUGAAGAGAUGGGAGAGCAGACGGAUGUGGAGCCGGUGUCCAGCAACGAGCUCAUCAGUUUGGUGGGAAGCAGACACAGCGUGGAGAUGGGUCUGGCCCCGCAUCCCCAGCCGGGGAGAUCUCAUUGCGCCAUUCAGACCACCGAGUGGUCCCAGUGCUCGAAAUCCUGCGGCAUGGGCCUGUCCACGAGGGUCACCAACGAUAACCCCCAGUGCAAACUCAUGAAGGAGAGCCGCCUGUGUGAGAUUCGCCCGUGCAAAGACCCCCUGCCCACCAAGCCAAAGAGCGGAAAGAAAUGCACGAGAACGAAGAAGGCCAAGCAGGCCGUGCAUUUCUCAUACGCCGGGUGCACCAGCGUCCGACGCUACAAGCCUCACUACUGCGGCUCCUGCACGGACGGCCGGUGCUGCGUCCCCUCCAAGACGCGGACGAUGAGGGUCCGCUUCCGCUGCGACGACGGAGACACUUUCCAGAAGAGCGUGAUGUGGGUGGAAAAAUGCCGCUGCCACCAGAACUGCCCGUACCACAGCGAGCUGUCUUACCCUCAUUACCGGCUACACAACGACAUCCACAAGUUCACAGACUGAGGCGCGCCGGCGGCUUGUGUCGGACGUGUGGGUCGGAGGCCGCGGCCCCCCAACCCUGGACAGUUUCCCCCGGGAGAUCCGGGCGCCGGCUAUUUGUUGGGGAC